AAGAAUCCUGACUGUGCCAAAGGCGAGGCUCUGAGAUGACAACAGUCACAUUUUUCUUCUUAACACUGUUCACUUGGAUGGUGUCAUCUGGCACACAGCUCAGAGUGGACCAGUGUACAGAGUUCAGUCAGCAUGGACCUGAUGAAGAGUCAAUGGGCUUCAGCUCAGGUGCAUCAUAUAAAAACGCUGUUAUUCAUGACAAAACAAAACCAACAAUGACAUGUGAAAGAUCUGCUGAAAUGAGUGUUGCCUUGGACAGGAUUUUGACACAGCGCAGGAUCAAAAAAGACUAUGCCCUCUUUCCUGGUGUGACUUUGAACGGCAUGCUCUUUAAUGGCUGUGUGAACCUGUUGCAAAGAGUGAAGGGGACUGUGAUCGGAGAGAAGCAAAACAUGGAUGUCUAUAAGUGUGAAUUUCAGCAGUUGUUGGUAUAUUUCCUGUCUAAGACCAGCUGUCUUCUACUUACAAUAGAGAUAAAGACUGAUAAUCACAGCACACAUUUGAAUUACAGAAGUAUCUGUCCUUCAUCUGUCCUCCUGAGAUCUGUGGCUCACUGCCCCCACAUCAUUACCCUUGUUCUAGUGGACCACUGGAAAACAAUGGAAUGUGUCUGCAUCUGUAAGGAAUGCAAUCUUGAGGUCAAAGUCCUGCAAGGCUUUUUGUACAGAGAACGUGGACCUGCAUUUCCAGAAUUCUUUAUUUCCAUCCUGUCUGAGAGCCAAGUGAGCCCGAUGUCCUCAGAAGAAUCACAGAAGGCUUAUGUCAGGAUCUGCUAUGUGAAGAUGCCACCAAAUCUCUAUGUACCACUCUGUCCAAAAGAAGCAUUUCUAACACAAGCAGAUGGCAACAAAUUUACUGUUUACACAGGCAGGGUGGAGAGUGUGCGGCCUACAGACACCAGCAGAUGGGUUACACGAUUUUUUCUGGCAGCUGUGUUACUGCUUGGAAUCUACAUGAGAAGAAUAAAAAUAUCACCAAACAGAAUCAGUCCAACUCAUGGCAAUAACUCCACAAUGGUGAUGCUUUUUACCAUGACAUUGCACUAUUUUUCACCAUCAGUUACCAUCUAUCAGCCCUCUGAGUGGUCCCGGAUAGCUGUCGGGACCUCUUUCGUCGUCUGCCUCUCUUGUGCUCUGAGGAGAACUGUACAUGUGUUAAUUGCCUGCAGGGCUGCUCAUACUGUCAUGACUCUGUUUUGUACCACACAGCAGCAAUUUAGGUCUCUGCGUUUUACUGUGUUGUUUAUCCGGCUGACUUUCAGCCCUCCUUUUCCAAAUAAGAAUGUAAAACACUGGUUUCAAGACAUUCUUGUUGAGGGUAAUGUGGGCUCAACACCAAGAUCCUGGGCUGUGUUAGGGCAUAUAGAGCUACUGGCUACUUUGUACUGUGUGUUUGUCUCACUUCCCAGUUUGCUACAAUCACUCCUGACUAAACAGAAUUUUUUGAGUGUCCUCUUAAAUGUGCAACUGGUAACCUGUCUGCAGAAUUCAAGGAUACCAACAGAGUAUGUACUUGUUAUUAAGAUUAACAGGUUAAUUUAAAAAAAUAUAUAAAAAUGCAGAUACAAAAAUCUAAAAUUGUAUCUAUAAUGUUGUGCUUAUUCCUUCAUUCCCACCAUCUAAAUAUGUAGCUUUAUCAACCCAGUUUCUUUAGCAGGAGCAUUUAGCUUGAAUAAUAUUUAUUUUGGUGGUAUAAAUCAAACAGUUGCAUGCCCACAAAAAGGAGAAAAAAGCAAGCAAAAAUCCUAAUUUCAUGUACAAAUAAAGUGUAUCAGUCCCAUUAACAUCCUCAACAGCAAAGGUGAUGGUGCUCUUUUGUGAAUAUUUACUUUUUAACAUAAUUUCUUUUUUUAUCUUACACAAAAUAGCAGAGUGUGGCUACAUUUUUAUUAACUCUUCUACCCAUUUUACACAGUUUCUGCCUGAAAGGAACACUUGUUACAGAGCUCUUUAUAAGUAUAUUAAAGAUUUUUUAAAUGGAAA